AUGGAUGACUAUGAUAUGGACAGCCUGUCUGACACAUCGCGGAUGAUCAAGGGACUUCCGCCUUACAACAUGGAUGAUCAACUGCUGCCCAUGGAGCGCCGUAGCACCUGCGGCUGCUGGGCCUGGACAUGCCUGGUGGCAGCAAUGAACUCUUUGGCCUUCCUCUUGAACUUCCUCUUGAUGGCCACCAUCUUUGCCAUCGUGCUCCUGCCCACCAUUGUGGUGGUCUAUUUUGGGUUCCAGUGCCAUUCCCGGGUAAGUGAUAUGCGACUUGCAGAUGCUUCUGGUUAGGAAGCCCAGUCCCUCACCUUGCAUCAGGGGGUUAGGCAACAUGGUGCUCCCCUGCCCCAUAUAGCUGGACUAGGGAUGCAUGUGGCACUGUGGUCUAAACCACUGAGCCUUUUGGGUCUGCCGAUCGGAAGGUCAGCGGUUCGAAUCCCCGCAACGGGGUGAGCUCCCAUUGUUCUGUCCCAGCUCCUGCCAACCUAGCAGCUCGAAAGCAUGCCAGUGCAAGUAGAUAAAUAGGUACCGCUGUGGCAGGAAGGUAAGUGGCGUUUCCACACGUUCUGGUUUCCGUCACGGCGUUCUGUUGUGCCAGAAGUGGUUUAGUCAUGCUGGCCACAUAACCUGGAAAGCUGUCUGUGGACAAACGCCGGCUCCCUCGGCCUGAAAGCAAGAUGAGCACCCCAACCCCAUAGUCACCUUUGUCUGGACUUAACUGUCCAGGAGUCCUUUACCUUUAUAGCUGGACUACAACUCCCAUCAUCCCAUACCACGGGCUCUGCCGUUUGGGGCUGAUGGGAGUUGUAAUCUGAGAGGCACAGAUUUCCCACCCCUGGCCAACUGUUCUUAGAAUGGCUGAUAAGAUCAUAGAGUUCUCAAAGCAUUUUUUCCUAGGGUGGCGUUUUCCUGCAUUAACUUUACCCACACAUUUAUAAAAGGAUGGAUGAGCUGGGCAGGACGUGAUUACUAAAUGAUGAAAGAUGUCACCUCUGCACACUCCCAGAUGCCCCAUAGUCUGUGUUAUUCUUUCACAUGUUCCCAGGAUGAGUCUUUGCAUUCAAACAAAGAGGCUCCAGAGAUAGUGGGAGGCCACAUACCUUACUCCCCAAAGUGGCAGCAACUUGGCCCCACCAGAGGUUUGUGGACUACAAAUCCCAUCACCCUCUACUCACUGGCUAUAGUGGCUACAGCUGAUGGAAGCUGUAGUCCAAUAACAUAAUGGUGGGGGAAAAGACCACCUCUUUCUGUAUGAACCUACCCAGACCCUGAGAUCAUCUUCUGAGGCCCUUCUUCAUGUGCCUCCUCCUUGAGAGGUCCAGAGGGUGGCAACACGAGAACGGGGCCUUUUCUGCAGUGGCUCCCCAUCUGUGGAAUGCUCUCCCCAGGGAAGUUCGCCUGGUGCCUUCAUUAUACACCUUUAGGCACCAGGCAAAAAUGUUCCUCUUUAACCAGGCCUUUGGUUGAUCCGAUUUACAUCCUAUGCCCUUUUAAAAUGUGUUUUUUUUGGGGGGGGGUAUUGAGUUGCUGUUUUUAUUUUUAUUAGGUAUUUUGUGGUUUUAUAUCUUGAAUUUAUUCUGUGAACUGCUCUGAGACCCCUGGGUAUAGGGCAGUAUAUAAAUUCAAAUAAUAAUAAUAAUGGUUUCAUUUUCCUUUUAUUGGGAGGUUAUGGCGGGUCUUGUAUAAAAAAAUUAAUAUCUUCUGUAAAACUUUUUUUUGUGCUUUCAGUUUAGCAUGACGCUGUUUUAGUUUAGGAAGAACAUGUUGGGUAAUGGGAGACAUCAUAGAGACUUAUCGAUCAUGGAGAAGGCAGCAUUGAUGGAAUUGGCCUCCUCCCUUGCCUAAAACAUGCUUGGAGGCAGUGCUUCUUAAAACAGGAAUGGGGAACUUUAGGCCUGGGGGUCCAGUGUGGCCCUCCAGGCCUCUCCAGCUGGCCCCUGGAAUGCUCCCCAAGCCUCACACCCCAGCAGCCCUGCCAGGCUGGACUCUGAUAAAGUCUCCUGUUUGCCUGGAUGGAGGCUAGAGAGGGGUGUGUUAGUGCGUGCUGAAAUGGCAAAGAUAAAAGUUAUAUUUGUGCCUCUGCCCACUUUUGCUCCUGGCCCUGCCCACCACUGCCAUGCGGCCCUUGGAAAUCUUCCAGAAGGGAAUGCAGCCAUCCAACCUCUGCUUUAAAACGUCCCUUCAAAGAAGGAGAGUCCCUCACCUUCCAAGCUAUCCCGUUCCACUGGGAUGGGAUAGCUCGGAAGACAGCUCUUGCUUUCAGAAAGUUCCUCCUAAUAUUUAGUUGGAAUCUCCUUUCCUGUUACUUGAAAUCCAUUGGUUUGGUUCCUACCCUCUGGAGCAGUAGAAAACAAGCUUGCUCCACACGGCAGCCCUUUAGAUACUUGAAAAUGGCUUUCUUAUCACCUCUCAGUCUUCUCUCCAGGCUAAACAUAACCAACUCCUUCAACCCUUCAUCAUAUGGCUUGGUUUCCAGUGUGUCAAAUUUCAUUGUGUUAACAUUUAAUUAUAUGUGUCAUUUUGUAUGUUUAUGCUGUAAACCACCCUGUGAUUUUUGGAUGAAGGGCCGUAUAUGAAUUUAAUAAAUAAUGAUAAUAAUAAAUAAUAUAGAAAACAUUGGCUGGGGCUGAUUGUGGGCUGGCAGGGCAGAGUGCAGGGAGCCCAAACAGUGGGUGGAGCCAGAGCCAAUGAUUGGCUGAGUCAGAGCCACUAAUAUGCAGAGGCAACUCAUUCUAGUUCUUCAUCUGCUCAAGGCAACAUUGAAACUAAGGAGGUCAAACACCACCCUCUUGGUCUGGAUGCAAGUAAGAAGGCGAGCAAAUGGGGGCUGGCUGAGGACAGACUGAGGUUGGUGGAUCAGUUAACCAUACUAAGGGGCCAGUCUCCAUUGGAAGCCAACACCACUCCAAAUUUUCAGCACCAGCUAGCAAUGGACAGCGCCAAUUUGCCAGUACCUUUCUCAGGAUGUGGCUUUGACAUUUCUCAUUCUGCGGCUUCACACUCUUCUGUUCUAACAGUUCAUUAGGUUGCAGAAACCUGACUGGACUAAAGCUCUGGCUUAGAUGGGGUGUGAGAAGCUGAAACUUGGUCAAGAAGAAGGGUGUGUGCAGUUCUCAUUUUAAAGUCACUAAAUGCAGGUGGACUUUCACGGGGACUUUUUGCUUUAUUAAUUGCAAACUGAUGCAAAAAUCUGACGAACUAAUUUAAGGCUGGGAAAAUGAGAAACGGAAAUGGAUAGAUUGGUCUGUCCUUAUGCUGAGCAGGAUUCCCCUUUUAUUGGCGAAUAAUGCCACUGAAAUCAUCAGGGCUCAGGAAAGCAUUAGUAAACACACCAAAUCAGUGCCGUCCUAUGCAUGUUGAUUUGGAAGUAAAUCCCCACUGGGCUGUAUCAAACGAAGAGUAGAGUCACAAAAAUGGACAUAAAAAGAGCCUGUUGGAUCAGGUCAAUGGCCCAUCUAAUUCAGCAUCCUGUUCUCACAGUAGCCAAACAGAUGUCCUGAUGAGAAACCGUCCAGCAGGACCCAAACACAAGGGUCCUCUCCACUCCUGAGGUUUCCAGCAUCUAGUAUUCAGAAGCCUCCAACUGAGACAUAAUGGCCAGUAGCCACUGAUAAUAGAUUUAAAGUUGCCCAGUCCUCCUUUAAAGCCAUCCAGGUUCGUGGCCCUUCACUGCUUCCUGGGGGAAGUGAAUUCCAUAGCUCAACCACUCCCUACGUGACAAAGUCCUUUCUUCCGUUUGCCCUGAAAUCUAAUGUUCUAGGAGUUCUAGGGAGUCUAUGAGUUCUAGGGAUAAAAGCUUUCCUCGAUCUAUGUUCUCCAUGCCAUGCAUAAUCUUAGAAACGUCGAUCAUGUCAUGGUCUAGGAUGCAUGUGUUGGGGUACGGCGUUUAUCCUUGAAUACUCUCCAGAAUCCUUUAACAUGAGAAGAGCCAAUAAUAAUAAUAAUAAUAAUAAUAAUAAUAAUAAUAAAUAAUUUAUUUAUACCCUGCCCAUCUGGCUGGGUUUCCCCAGCUACUCUGGGUGGCUCCCAACAGAAUAUUAAAAACAUGAUAAAACAUCAAGCAUUAAAAACUUCACUAAACAGGGCUGCCUUCAGAUGUCUUCUAAAGGUCAGAAAGUUGUUUAUUUCCUUGACAUCUGAAGGGAGGGCGUUCCACAGGGCGGGAGCCACUACCGAGAAGGCCCUCUGCUGGAUUCCCUGUAACUUGGCUUCUCACAGUGAGGGAACCACCAGAAGGCCCUCGGAGCUGGACCUCAGUGUCCGGGCAGAACGAUGGGGGUGGAGAUGCUCCUUCAAGUGUAGAUCAGGCCAAAGGCCCAUUGAGUUCAGCACACUCUUCUUGCACUGGCCAAGCGGAUGCCUCUGGGAAGCCCAUAAGCAGGCCCUGAGCACAACGGCAACUCUCCCCUUCUGCAGUUUCCAGCAACGGGAAUUCAGAAGCGUUACUGCCUCCAACCAUGAAGCAAGUGCAUAGCCAUCAACUCCCAACAUCAUGCUUGCUGGGUCAGAUGAGAGUUGUAGUUCAACAAUAUCCCGAGGGCCAAAAUGUCCCUACUCCUCCUGCAGAUUUAAGAAAAGCAAGCGUGAAAGUCAGAGCCAGGAGAUGUGGGGAGGAAAGCAAAUUAUUAUGCAUUCUUUAAAUUAAAAAAAAAAAAGCCCACGAAAAUAGCUUUGCAGUAAUUACCAAACCUCUGUGACAAUCUGGAUAAAUACAGUAACGUCUCGGCUGACAGAUGAUCCUUCCCAGCGCUGAUUACUCACCACAAUUUUUUAUUUUAUUGUCACAAUAUUUCUCUCCAUUUCCUCGCCACCCUCGAUUCCCUCCCCGCUUUUGCCAGCAGCCCGCCUGCUCUCCUGCUUUUGUCUGCGCUUGCCUUCACGCAGGCUGAAAUCUCUUUAAUUUCAUUUUAAUUAAGGCUGCUCCCUGCUAGAUGCGGCCUCUGCAAUUCGUCUAUUCAAUUAAACAGAGAAAGGAAGAGUGUGUGUGUUUUGGGGGGGGGGGGGUAUCCGGCCACUGGCAGCAACCGAAGAAACAGAAUCCACCCUACAGCUGCGGAUCCCAGAGCGCUGCGCGGGCUUCCUUCCCAGCCUCCGCUGGACAACCUGCAAUUUAUUCAAAUUGACAAACUAAUUUCGUUCUCAUUAGGUAUUCCGCACAUGGGCUGUGCAUGGAUGCACUGCUCUCUGAUUCUUCUGUUAAGGGGAGAGAUGAGAAUAUUUGGCUUCGUUUCUCCCUUCAUCAUUCUGCCUUGGGGCUGCUGAGGAGCUUGUGCUUGCCGACUCAAGUUUUGAUAGUUCUCAGAUUCCCCACCCCUUGUACAACAGUUGCGGGGGGAACAUCAGGCUCCUCUACAAAUGUGGCUCUGCAAUUUCUCUCUCUCUCUCUCUGGCCCCUGGGAUUCUCCCCCAGGCCCCUCCCUUCUCUCUAGGCCUUCCCUCACUGUGAGAUGGGAGGUUACAGGGAUCCAGGCAGAGGACCUUCUCGGCAGUGGCCCCCAAGCUUUGGAACACCCUCCCAUCUGAUGUCAAAGCGAUAAAUGUUAUAAGACCUUCCAUAGAAAUCUGAAGGCAGCUCUGUAUCGGGAAGCUUUUAAUGUGUGAUGCUCUGUUGUGUUUGUGUAUAUGCUGUUGGAAGCCACCUAGGGUGGCUGGCGCAACCCAGUGUCAGGGACCACGCUGAGGAGGGCUACACUGAGGAGGAAUGGGGGGGUGCCUCCCCCUCCCCCUGCUCCUGAUCAGGAUCCUGAAUCUUCCCAGGAGCAGGACAGUAUAGAUUUGGAACAGCGGUUUGCAGAGGGACAUAGUUCAGAAGGCAGAAGCUGGGAAGUACUGGACGGGGAACAGCUAGGAGGAGGAGAACUGGGAGAGAGAGGGUUAACAGAUUCACUGUCUCUGGAAAGUAUUCACCUGCUCAGCCCAAGGUCAAGAAGGGCGGAUAAGGUGGCAGCCUAGAAAGCACAGUGGUUGCGAGAUCAGGUUACGAGAUGCGGUAGUGAUGUGGGUGACUAGGGAGGAAGUGGGUGCAACCCUUAAUUGGGAGCACCUUCAUUCCGAGGAAUGGAUUCUUUGUUCUCUCACUUUGAUCAUUAAAGUUUCUAACUGGUAAGAAGACUCCUUCCUCUUUGUCCUGCUUAUCUACUGCCAAAGGGGGCGGGGAGAGAGCUGAUUCCCUGAAGCCUGACUCCCAGUCAGAUGGACUGAGUACAAAAAACUUAUUAUUAUUAUUAUUAUUAGCCACACCCUUCACUGGCUCUGGGAGGUCUCUGUUCCAGCUUUCCCCUCCUUCAGGUGCCCUUUGCAGCGUGACUGUGCUGGCAAAAUUGGGGUCCUCUUCCAGCCUCUCACCCACCCACAAAUCCUCGAGCCUCUGGAGCUGCCCUCAGCUCUUCAAUGAUUAAAGGCUUCCUUUCUCCUUUUAUCUUUUCGGUUACUCUUGAACUGAUUUAAGAGCGUCUGCGCUGAAGCAGCUUCGAGGCACUAACUUACCGUAAAUAAAGUGCCAGAACGAAGGCGUUCAAACGGCCUCGGUGUGCGGUUUUGUUUCGUGAACAAACCCUGGGAUCAAGGGGGGGGGGUAUAAGGCAAAGCCAUUUGUGUGGCUCCGUACAGCUCGAAAAGCAGGCGCUCCUACAAUUUGUUGAUCGGGAGAUUAAUUGCGCAUUGAUUGCUGCUGCUGAUCCAGCCCUCGCCUGGGAGACAGUUGUGGUUGUUUGCUUGAGAUGGCUUUGCCAUCAUUGAGGAGGCAGCUUGCUCAAUUGGGCAUCCAAGGGAGUUGCUGGCUAAUAAAAUGAACAAAUGAGAUGGGUUUUGCGGCAAUCAGUCCCUGCGGAGAAGGGGCUGCAUGCGUUGCUUGUUUUCCACGCCAGUGGAAAUUUCCUUAUGAUAACCAAACCAGCCAUUUCUGAUUAUACACGGGGUUUACAAAGGGAGAUCUCUGUUUCCCUGAUUCAGUUCCAUUGGAACAUGAAAAUCUGCCUUAUUCUGAGUUGGUCUAUCUGGCUCAGUAUUGGCAUCUUCAAAUAUGGGACACUCCCAGCCAUACCUGGAGAGGCUGGGGAUUGAACCUGCAACCUUCUACAUGCAAAGCAGAUGCUCUGUCACUGAGCUAUAGCCCUUCCCUGAAGAUAUAGGAACAUAGGAAGCUGUUGUAUACUGCAGUAUCUCAGACCCUCCAUUUUCCUAUUUUCCAGGGACAGUCCUGGAUUUACAGAAGCCAUCCCGGUUUCUAAUUUGAUCCCGGAAUGUCCCACUUUUCCUUAGGACGUCCCAUCAAGCCAAGGAGAUAAGCAUAGCUGUCAACUUUUCCCCUUUUUUAAGGGAAAUUCCCUUAUUCUGAAUAGGAUUCCUCGCAAGAAAAGGGAAAAGUUGACAGCUAUGGAGAUAAGUAACUAUACAACCUUUAGGAGACAUCUGAAGGCAGCCCUGAAUAGUUUCAUUAGGUUUUUAUAGAUGUUGGAAGCCACCCAGAAUGGCUGUGGCAAUCCAGUCAUAUGGGCAGGGAAUAAUAAUAAUAAUAAUAAUAAUAAUAGGACAUCCCUAUUUUCUUUCGGACGUGGGUGGCGCUGUGGGUUAAAUCACAGAGCCUAGGACUUGCCGAUCAGAAGGUCGGCGGUUUGAAUCCCCGCAACGGGGUAAGCUCCCGUUGCUCAGUUCCUGCUCCUGCCAACCUAGCAGUUUGAAAGCACGUCAAAGUGCAAGUAGAUAAAUAGGUACCGCUCCGGCGGGAAGGUAAACAGCAUUUCCGUGCGCUGCUCUGGUUCGCCAGAAGCGGCUUAGUCAUGCUGGCCACAUCACCCGGAAGCUGUACGCUGGCUCCCUCAGCCAAUAAAGCAAGAUGAGCGCCGCAACCCCAGAGUCGGCCACGACUGGACCUAAUGGUCAGGGAUCCCUUUACCUUUACUAUUUUCAUUGGAGAAAUGUUGGAGGAAAUAUCUAGCUCAGUAGCGUCCAUGCUGACUGGCAUGUCCAGGAUUCCAAGCAGGGAACAUUCCCAUGCCUGUCUGGAGUUCUUGGGAUGGAACUGAGUCCUGCCACAUGGGAAGCAAAUACUUUACCACUGAGCCGUGCGAUGUGGAAGAGUCCUGAGUGCCAUACAGAGAGGCUUAGGGGCCAUAUUGGUUCCCUCCGUGUGUGUGUGCGUGCUGGAUUUAUGUAUAAGCUAAACAAGCUAUAGCUUAGGGCCCCACUCACUUGGGGCUCCAAAAAAAUUUAAAGGGAAAAAAAACUGGAUGUACAUUUCCAAAAUAUAAGAUAAAAAAUAAAAUAAAACCUACAUGCAGCAACAGUGGCAAAUGGCUUUAGAUAUCUAUUAGGUCCAUAAAUUACCGUAUAGCAUAUAUUCAACACAAAAAACCAGCAACAAUUUGUCGUUGACAAAGGACAGCUGGACAUAUAAAGGUCCCCAUUACCUUCAGUAGCUUAGGGCCUCAUCAAACCUAAAUCCGGCCCUGGUGUGUGUGUGUGUGUGUGUGUGUGUGUAGAUAACUAGAUAGAGAGAGAGAGAGACAGAUAGAGAGAGAGAGAGAUAGAAAGCACCUGUCUCCCAAUGUGGGCUUUAAGGCAGCUUACAACAUUGAAAAACAACAAUACAAAGUAAUAGGAGCAAACUAGUGAGAAAGAAUGAAUAAAAGACAUAGAACACAUUUAGAACCAGCAAUUAAAAUAUAGUUUGUCCUGCCAGCAGCCCAUUAUCAGUGCUUUGUUUUUUUAAGAAGAAAAAGUUUCCAGUACUCACCAAGGCGUUGUUAGAGUAAGUGCCACACUUUUAACCUUUUUUGGGGGGAGGUGCCAGUACUGAGUACCCUUGAGUACCCCACACAUCUUACUGGGUUGCCCUAGCCACUCUGGGCAGCAUCCAACAUAGAUAAGAAUGUAAAUCCCUAUCCAGGAUUGCCUUCAGAAGGCUCGGGGAUCGGAUAGCUCCAUACCCUCCAACAUUUCUCCAAUGAAAAUAGAGACGUCCUAAGGACAAGCGGGACAUUCCAGGAAACCAAGAUGGCUUCUCUAAAUCAGGGACAUCCCUGGAAAAUAGGGACAUUUGGAGGGUCUGCUAUCUGUCUAGCUUUCCACCUACCUACCUACUUACCUACCGAAUCUAUUUAUGCAGAGGUCAGCAAACUUUUUCAGCAGGGGGCCAGUCCACUGUCCUUCAGACCUUGUGGGGGGCCGGACUAUAUUUUGGGGGGAAAAAUGAAUGAAUUCCUAUGCCCCACAAAUAACCCAGAAAUGCACUUUAAAUAAAUGGGCACAUUCUACUCAUGUAAAAACACACUGAUUCCUCAAUCGUCCGCAGGCUGGGUUUAGAAGGCGAUUGGGCCGAAUCCGGCCCCUGGGCCUUAGUUUGCCUACCCAUGUUUUAUGUCUCGAGAGAGAAAGAGAGAUUUGUUGAUGAUGGCAAGUUUAAUUUCCCUUUCCCCUUCCCUGCAGAACUUUCAUACUUUUGCCUUUGGCUGAACAGGUUUGUCAGGUUUGUCAGCCGCUUUAAGAACCUGCUGCGCCUCUUUGACCUGCAGGAAAAGUGGGUGGAAAGAACAACGGGACGCCAUACCUCCCUCCAAACACAAUUAGCUCUUCUAAACACAGCUCCGUCUCUCUUCCCUCAAAAGAGUAAGGGAAUAGCUCGAUGCUGUUUCAAUCUGUACAGUCUCUGUGUCCCUCACUCCCCCCCUUUUAUUUUAUUUUUUUAGCUUCCUCCUUCCAAAUAUUUGUUAGCGCUGACAUUUUCUCAGCCACAGAGGAGCAAGACUGCCUACCUCAUUGGGGUUGUUUACUGUCAGCGUUCCACGGAAUGAGGAAGCUCUCCAAGAUUUUAUAGGUCCUAAUUACCUGUCAUGCAGGAGAUCUCCCCAUCCACCAUCUCAGCACAUCCUGAAAGCCUAUUGUUAAGCAGCCAGAAAGGUGUGGAGAAAUGUUAUGGGGGGCUGGAGCAACUUGCUGGAGAAGAAAUGGCAAGAUGUUUGGGGAAAAUAGGAAGCUGCCUUGUACAGAGUCAAACCAGGGGGUCUGUGUAGCUCAGUAUUGUCUGCACCGACUGAUAGAAACUCUGCAGGGUUUCAGACAGGGAUUGCACCUUGGAAAGGACCAUUAAAGGCCACAUAUUUGUGGGAUGCGGGUGGCACUGUGGGUUAAACCACAGAGCCUAGGGCUUGCCGAUCAGAAAGUCGGCGGUUCGAAUCCCCGCAGCGGGGUGAGCUCCUGUUGCUGAGUCCCAGCUCCUGCCAACCUAGCAGUUCGAAAGCACGUCAAAGUGCAAGUAGAUAAAUAGGUGCCGCUCUGGAGGGAAGGUAAACGGCGUUUCCGUGCGCUGCUCUGGUUCGCCAGAAGUGGCUUAGUCAUGCUGGCCACAUGACCCGGAAGCUGUACGCCGGAUCCCUCGGCCAAUACAGCGAGAUGAGUGCCGCAAAUCCAGAGUCGGUCACGACUGGACCUAAUGGUCAGGGGUCCCUUUACCUUUUAUUUGGACUGGGUAGUCUUCCUAGCUUUGCCGCGUCCUUUAGAUCUAUUGUUUGGUCCUGAUUUCUGGAUUUGCCUCCCCCAAGCUCCAAAUCACGGUUUCCCCCUCUGCUCAUUCUUCCUUGUCCCUCGUCUCCUCGCUCCUUAGUGGGUCCUGCAAACUGUUAUUCUGAAUAAUCCCUUUUUAUUGGGUAGGGGGCAUUAGCUGGAGAUGAGUUUAUGGAGCCAAGGGGUCAGUGGCCUCCAAAUGUUUGGGAACUGCUGGUUUCUUUUCUUUAGGCUUGCCUGUUGCCUGUUCCUUCUCCUUUUUAUUUUUAAAAAAGCCACUGACCACUUUAGCAAGGGGGGGGGCGUCAACAAAUGCCCCCUCUCCAUUUAGCAGCUCCGCUCUCAAAGCCUGCCUGGUUCUUUCUCUAACAGACCAUCCUUCUCGAAAAGGGUUAUCCAAACCUUUGCUUUUGUCCAUUAAAUAAUAUUCUCUCUAUGUGCUUUGGGGCUUUUCUUUUUUCCUGUGCCAUUUUCAAAGCAGAGGGUGGCGAGGAAGGAGAAAGCUUUCCUCUCUCCCUGCAUUAGGCUCUGCCUGAUGAGCAGAUCCUUUCGCUGGACUAAUGGCUAAAGUAGGCAGGCCUGAAAAGGAAUCAGUCACGAUGCCUGCAAGGCCGCCUUUUCUCUUCACCUGUCCUUUUUUUGUUCUGGCUGCCUUUCCAGACCCUUUUCAUUUCAUUUCAUUAUUUAGAUAUUUAUAGACCACGCUGUUCAGGAAAAAUACAGCGAGAUAGCAUAGAACGUGCAAAAUUACAAGAAGAUCACUUUUUUUAAAAAAAAACCAAUUAAAAGCUGGUUGGGGGGAAAGCGGAAAUCACAUUUCAAAGUCCUGCCUGAGUAACACAGUUUUCCGAGAGAAGCGAAAAGGUAAGGCAAGGAGCGUUCUUGCCCAGAUUCAACUGGCAGGGAGUUCCACAGGGCAUUGCCUUCAACACCAGUAAAGGCUGACUGAACCUUGGGAGUGUGGGGAGACAGAGGAUUUCAAUGACCAAGGUGGAGAAUAAGGAAACCGGAUGGUCGUUGAGGCACCGCUUGAGCCCAGGUUGUUCCAGGCUUUGUGAUUAACACAAGAACCUUGAACCUGCCCAAAGUGAUGACAAGCAGAGAAGUAAUAUGCCACCAGUAGCCUGCUCCUGGGACCAGUGUGGUCCCUACAUGCUGCACUAUUUGCAUCUUCUGGCAUGGAUACAAGCAGCAGAAGUUGGAUGGCCAUCUGUCUUGGAUGCUUUAGCUGAGACUCCUGCAUUGCAGGGGGUUGGACUAGAUGAUGCUCAAUAUAAUAAUAAUAAUAAUAAUAAUAAUAAUAAUAAUAAUUUAUUAUUUGUACCCUGCCCAUCUGGCUGGGUUUCCCCAGCCACUCUGGACGGCUUCCAACAAAGAUUAAAAAUACAUUAAAAUAUCAAACAUUAAAAACUUCCCUUCCAACCCUAGAAUUCUAUAAUUCUACGACUGCCCCACACAAAGCAUGCCCGUUGUGCCUUCGGGGUGGCUUGUGCUCAUGAUGUUAUUGGGGUGGUUAUAUGCCAGGGGUCAGCAAACUUUUUCAGCAGGGGGCAAGUCCACUGUCCUUCAGACCUUGUGGGGGGCCGGACUAUAUUUUGAAAAAAUAUAUGAACGAAUUCCUAUGCCCCACAAAUAACCCAGAGAUGCAUUUUAAAUAAAAGGACACAUUCUACUCGUGUAAAAACACGCUGAUUCCUGGACCGUCCGCGGGCUGCAUUGAGAAGACGAUUGGGCCGGAUCCAGCCCCCGGGCCUUAGUUUGCCUACCCGUUAUAUGCAAUCACACUUUCAGAGUUGUCUGCCUUGACCUCAGAACCGUCCCCUGGCCUCACCCCUCACUGGCUCUGUUUCAUACCCUCCUUGAGUGUUUUGGCCUGACUGGAAUGUGCCUUUAAACCCCCACAAUGCCUCUUGCUCACCAGGACAGAGAACAGAAAAGGCAUUUGUGAGCGUAGUGUGGAAACCAGUCUGGUAUGCAAAUGGAAAUUUCCACUGAGAGCCAAUGUGGCACAGCGGUUAGAAUGCCAGACCAGGACUUGUGAGAACAGGGUUCCAAUCCCCACUCAGCCAGGAAGCUCACUGGAUGGCCUGAUGCAAGCCUCUCAGCCUAACCUACCUCACAGGGUUAUUAUGGGAUUAAAUAAGGAGCGUGGGGGAAAGCAUGUACCCCGCAUUGAACUCCUUGGAGGAAAAGGUGGGCUAUAAAUGCAAUAACAAGCAAACAAAUUAAUUAAUCUGCUUGGUCACUGUGAGAACACAAUGCUGGACUAGAUAGACCUCUUAUUAGGGCUUUAUAUCUCACCUGCUACCCCCCAGCAACCUAUCUAACCAAGUCAUGCUCCCCAGAUUUCCAGAAAAGCUCACAGUUUGUGCAGGGGUUUUGCUGCUGAGACAUUUUCUCAAGAGGAGUCUCCUCAGGAGAAGUCAGGGAAAAUCCAGCUGCGAGCUUCUGCUCUUUGGGGUCAGUUUUUGCCAUCUCCCAGUGCGGCAACACUCUCAUCCCGCCCAAAAAAAUAUCUGAGGAGGCCAGGUGCCACGUCUUGUGAUCGAUUAUGUGCCCCCCUCCAUAUUUUAUUGCAGUUGGCACCCCUGAAUAAAAUCAACAAGUAACAGAGGAAUUGACCGGAGCCACCAAGAAACUGUUGGUGCAGGUUAGCUGAGGAAAGAAGCAGCGGAAACACGAGGAAACACGAUGUGAAAUAGGCAUUUGGACCACCAUCUGCCACUGGUUAUGAAUUUGCAUCAUUAGUAAAGUGUCGCUGAAGCGCUGCCUCUUCUCACCAGCUGGGGGCAGACUUUGGAGGAGCUUGCCCUGCUGCUCCUACCUAUCAAUCAAGUCUAGCUUUAAUGCAGAAUUCAGAGUCUCAAGGGGAGAUCUUCUGAAGCGGGUCAUGGCUGUCUACUCUUAAGGAUGCUAGCUUGCCCUUUCGCAUUUCAGUUUGGCUUUUUGUUCUUUGAUCCUGCCUGGCGCAGCUAACAAGCUGAAAAGCAGUCAUCACCGCUUGGCUUUUUGAAAAGGGCUCCCUUUUGGCUGAUGGCUUUCAUCCUUUCUGCUUUCUAGCAAGGGCAGCUCAUCAUAGCUGUUGACGAAACCUCUUGCCACGAUGAAUGGCCUCUCAAACACACGGUGGAAAAUAGUUCGCAUUAGACAUCGCGGCAUCAGUAAGAGAACAUUGAAAGCUGCCUUGAUGGACUCGUGGUCCAUCAAGCUAGUGUUGUCAACUCUGACGGGCUCUGACGUUUCCGAGCACAAUUCAAAAUGUUGGUGCCGACCUUUAAAGUCCUAAACAGCCUCAAUCCAGUAUACCUGAAGGUAUACUGCGUCUUCACCCUCCACCUUCCCUCGCUGCGAGAAGCCAAGUUACAGGGAACCAGGCAGAGGGCCUUCUCGGUAGUGGCACCCGCCCUGUGGAACGCCCUCCCACCAGAUGUCAAAGAGAAAAGCAACUACCAGGCUUUUAGAAGACCAUCUGAAGGUGGCCCUGUUUAGGGAAGCUUUUAAUGUUUAAUAGGUUAUUGUAUUUUAAUAUUCUGUUGGAAGCCGCCCAGAGUGGCUGGGGAACCCCAGCCAGAUGGGCGGGGUAUAAAUAAUAUAUUAUUACAGUGGUACCUCGGGUUAAGAACUUAAUUUGUUCUGGAGGUCUGUUCUUAACCUGAAAGUGUUCUUAACCUGAGGUACCACUUUAGCUAAUGGGGCCUCCUGCUGCCACUGCACGAUUUCUGUUCACAUCCUGAAGCAAAGUUCUAAACCUGAGGUAAUAUUUCUGGGUUAGCGGAGUCUGUAACCUGAAGCGUAUGUAACCCAAAGCAUAUGUAACCCGAGGUACCACUGUAUUAUUAUUAUUAUUGGUUAUUUUUUCUCGUAGGGCUGUUUCCCAUACUAUUUGGUACCAUUGGUCCAUGCUUACUCCUGACAGGUCUCUCCAGUGUCUAACAUCUUCCAAGACAACAAUGCCAAUUUUAUUAUUAUUAUUAUUAUUAUUAUUAUUAUUAUCAUCAUCAUCAUCAUCUGUGCCUCCCCGGUUGGAGGCAGAAAUGCUUCUGAAUACCAGCUGCUGGAAACAACGGAAAGGGAGAGGGCUUCUAAUGCUCAUGUUUUGCUUUUGGGUUUCCCACAGGCUUCUAGUUGGCCCCUGGGAGAACAGGAUACUGGACUAAUGGGCCAUUGGCCUGACCCAGCAGGCUCUUCCUAUGGGCAGGGGCUCCAAAAAAGGGAGAAAGUUUGAGAAAUGGCUCCAUUAAGUCGUUUUCAUUUCCUUCCCUCUAAGCUGAAAAGGCACAAACGCCGCAACCUUUCCGCAUCAGGGGGUUGCUCCAACCCCUUGAUCCUUUUCAGCUGCCCUUUCUGGAAUUUCCCCCCUGCCUGGCAACAUCCAAUAUCCUGGCACUGUGGAUGCCUUUCAAAUCAACGCAAGCCCAUUCGGCAACCUCUCCUGCGGUAGUAAAGGAGGACAAAUAUUGCAGCCCUUUUUCAUUUGUUUUGGGACAAGACAAGAAUUUCCAUUUCUCACCGGCCUCUUGGGUGACAAAAGAAACAGCAGCAGCAGCAAGCAGCCGCGUUUGGACUCAGACGGUUUUAAUUUCAGGCUGAGUCAUAAAGCGCCGCUCAUAAAGCCGGCAUCUGUUUCUUUGCUCUGCGUGAUCUGCAGCCGAAGGCGAAGCGAAGGCACGCUGGCCACGGAAAAAGAGAGCGGGCAAGACAAAAGGCGGACAGGCUCUGAUGGGCAGGGCGUCAAACCUUUCAGUUAGCAAGCAGCAGAAGGCAGUGUAUAGAGUGGUGGUAGUUGGAGGAAGGCAUCCUUUUCCAUUUGUGACCCAGAGCAGCGUUUCCAUUCCGCUGCAAUCCGCCUUCUGCCAAAAAAGUCGACUGUUCACUUCAUUGUUGGCUGCAGCAAAGCCACGUGAUUAAUUACGCAGCCUUUACAUUAUUCCACCCCAUUCAUCUCAUUGUAAAGGAAACACAGUGCAAAUGGGCAGUGAGGGGGAGUGCAAUCAAUUAUGCACUAUUUGCAUACUGGAACGAACAAUAACAGUGGCCACCGAUUGUAUUUGCUGCAUUGAUUUCUGGUGCAGACAUGGAAUGAAGACGUGAAAAUCAGAUGUUUAUUUAGUUAUUGGAUUUACAGCCCAUAUUUUUCCCCAGGGAGCUCAAGGUCAUGCAAGGUAGGUUAGGCUGAGAGACUGUGACUGGCCCAGAGUCACCCAGUGAGCUUCACUGAUGAGUGAGGAUUCGAACCCUGGUCUCCCAAGUCUUGUUCCAGCACUCAAACUAUUAUACCACACUGGCUCUCUGUUUCUGUUGGGAUUCUCCAUUAGCCCUAGUGGUGGUAGAAUCAUAGAAUUUUAGGGUUGGAAGGGACCCCAAUGGUCAUUUAGUCCAGGCAUCCCCAACCUUUGGCCCUCCAGAUGUUUUGGACUACAAUCCCCAUCAUCCCUGAUCACCGGUCCUGUUAGCUCAGGGGUCAGUAAACUUUUUCAGCAGGGGGCCAGUCCAAUGUCCCUCAGACCUUGUGGGGGGGGCAGACUAUAUUUUGAAGGGGGAAAAAUGAACGGAUUCCUAUGCCCCACAAAUAACCCAGAGGUGCUUUUUAAAUAAAAGCACACAUUCUACUCAUGUAGAAACACCAGGCAGGCCCCACAAAUAACCCAGAGAUGCAUUUUAAAUAAAAGGGCACAUUCUACUAAUGUAAAAACAUGCUGGUUCCCGGACUGUCUGCAGGCCGGAUUUAGAAGGGCCUUAGUUUGCCUACCCAUGUAUUAGCUAGGGAUCAUGAGACACAAACAAAAAAGAGAAAAAGAGAAACAGAAUCCGUGCAGAAAGGCAAACAAAGGGGGGAGGGGGGAAACCCCAAAACUCUAUAUUUUACGAGGUUGUUACUGUACUGUAUCAGAUCUUAACCUAUUUACAGUAUUUGUAAGAAUGGAUUCCAAAUAUCAUUGAAUUUGUCCAUGGCAAGUCUGCGUUUACAUGAAAGUUGUUCAUAUGUUGCGAGUUUGUAUAAGUCUUCAAUCUAAUCAUAGAAGGGAGCCACAUUUUUAUUUUUCCAGUUUAUCAGUAUCAGUCUUUUUGCUGUGGUAUGGGCAAGGAGAGUCCGCUCGUAUUGUCCUUUUGUAAGGUUCCAUGUGCUAGGUAUAUAUCGUAUUUUUUUGCUCUAUAAGACUCACUUUUUCCCUCCUAAAAAGUAAGGGGAAAUGCGUCUUAUGGAGCGAAUGCAGGCUGCGCAGCUAUCCCAGAAGCCAGAACAGCAAGAGGGAUUGCUGCUUUCACUGCGCAGCGAUCCCUCUUGCUGUUCUGGCUUCUGAGAUUCAGAAUAAUUUUUUCUUGUUUUCCUCCUCCAAAAACUAGGUGCGUCUUGUGGUCUGGUGCGUCUUAUACAGUGAAAAAUAUGGUAAUUCAAGAGGAUAUUUUGCUCUGCAAAUGUAAGGUUGUUCCGUACAGUUCUGUUGAUGGUUUCAGUUACCUCCUGCCAAAAAUCUGUCAAUAUAGGACAAUAAAAAAACAUACGUUUUAGAGAAGCAUUAUCCCUAUUGCAUCUCCAACAGUUAGAUAUCCACACUCUACAUUUGAAGGGGGGGCAGCUGUUUGCAGACUCAGUAUUGCCUACUACACUGACUCUCUGCAGCUGUCCAGGGUUUCAUGGACCACAUAUAAACUCCGUCUCCAACUCCUUGAAAGAUUCCAUUAAUGGCGUCUCCCAAAAAUUUUACACAUCACUUGGGAAGACAGGCGAACUAAUAUCAGUGUACUGGAAGAAGCAAAGAUCACCAGUGUCAAAGCAAUGAUUCUUCAACAUCAACUUCGUUGGACUGGUCAUGUUGUGCGGGUGCCUGAUGAUCGUCUUUCCAAGCAACUACUCUAUUCUGAACUUUAAAAUGGAAAGCGUAAUGCUGGUGGUCAACAAAAGAGGUUUAAAGACUGUCACAAGGCAAAUCUAAAAAAAUGUAGUAUAAACAUUGACAACUGGGAAACACUGGCCUGCGAGCGCUCCAGUUGGAGAACAGCCUUUACCAAAGGUGUCAUGGGCUUUGAAGACACUCGAACUCAGGACGCAAGGGAGAAACGUGCUAAGAGGAAGGCAUGCUUGGCAAAUCCACACCGUGAUCAACUCCUGCCUGGAAACCAAUGUCCUCACUGUGGAAGGACGUGUGGAUCCAGAAUUGGCCUCCACAGUCACUUAUGGACUCACUGUUAAAACCGUGUUUAUGGAAGACAAUUUUACUUGGCUACGAGUGAUCGCCAAAGAAGAAGGAAGAAAGAAGAUUCCCCAGCCCUACCUGGAGAUGCUGGGGAUUGCGCCUGAGACCUUCUGCAUGCAAUGCAGGUGUUCUAUUACAUAGAGACUUUAAUGCCAUUGCUGGACAUUUCUCAAACCCUUUUGAGAAACCCCCAAGUCCCCUUGAGCAGAACUGGGAAGCCAUCCAGGUGAGAGCUGUCACCUGAAUCUCCCGCCGGCCUGUUCCCUGGGUAAGAGCUUGAGGAGCUGUCACCAGGCCGGGCAGACAUAAUGGAUAAUUAAACCUUUAAUCUGAUGACUGCUAGCUUCUCUCGGCAAUUUAUCAGGGCAGGCUGGCAGGCUGGAGAUUGAAUAUACAACAGGGAAGAAGAGGCAGAGCAGCCAAAUGGGAACUCAAUCUGUAGGCAGUUUCAUUUUGUCAUUUCAUUUCCCUUUAUGAGAUUGAAGCCGAUGGACGAGCCCAAGGAGCAAUGGCUCAUAGAAGCUCACUUAUUUCCCCCUCCUGGUUUACUUUUCGAACGAGGAACGUUUGUCAUGCUGAGAAACUCGACGCCAUGAUGACGGGCUUGUGGUAGGAUCCUGGAGCAUUAAGGCAGGGGUGGCGAACCUCAGGUCUGGGGGUGAGGUCAAAUGUGGCCCUCUGUCUGGCCCUUGAGACUCCUUGCCCAGGCCAUGCUCCUCACAGGGCCUGAUUUGCACCCUUUAUAGAGGUUCUCCCUUGUUGGGACAUUGUCAGGGAGCCAGCCAGCAAUAAAUCACACGGAGUAAAUAAGGUUAAUUCUUUAUUGAAAAAAAACCAAGGCUGCUUAGGGGAGCCAAGCCUAAUGAGCACAACUCUUAUCAGUAGGUCUUGCCUCAAGGAGACAGUUAUGAAGGCUGAAGACAGCUGCCUAAAUUCCCUCCUCUCCCAGGUACCUUCCCAAGCAAUCUGAGACUCCUGUCUCUCCUCUGCCCUCUUCAUACCUCUUUUGGUCCUGGGAUACUGGGGGGUGGGAGGCAAACUUGUCACAGCAGGAGGGGAAAACACCCUGGCGUCUUCACCAGCCUGAUUCAUCUCUGCCUCUUGGCCUCCCUCCUCUCUGGUUUCUGAUUGUGGAUUUCUCUCUGCCACCCAGCAAGAUUCCUGGUUGGGGUGGGUGGGAUGAACCCACGACUCCCAAGUUCACGCUAACCAUGACAUCACACUGGUUCUUCAGUACAGCUGGGAAUGUCCCUUGCUUGAAUCCUCGGAGAUCCACUCCCAGUUCUCAGCUAAACAGAUUGAUAAUGGGACAUGGCCAAAGGUAGUCUCAUGUGUUUGCUAGGACCAUAGGAACCUCAAAUUCUUGCUGGUUCAGGCCAAAGUCCCAUCGAGUCCAGCAUCCUGGGGUCACUGUGGCCAUCCAGAUGCCUCAAUGGGAAGACCACAAGCACACUUGGAGCCCCCAGCAAGUAAUAUUCAGAAGCCCCCUUAGUUCCACUCUAUGUAGAGCAUCAGUUUUGAGCUGGAGCAGUGGUUUGUUACAAGCUUGUUUCAUUUCUAAUUUCCUGCUUGGCCGAGUAUAAAUGCUACCUCUUGAAGCUGCCUUUCCAUUGGCAAAAGUGAGGGAUGGGUUUGGCACAGAGGGAAGGAGGCGCGUCAUCCAACUCAGGUUGCCCCUCACCAUUGCUCAUCCGUCAAGUCUCAUCUUUCCCCUCCAACAUCAAACUCCAUUUCUUUUCCUCCCCUCUGGCUCUAACAGUAUCUGUUCAGUAUUAAUUAACCUAGAGAGGGCGUCAGAUACAAAUAACAUCACCUUUUUGACAUCAGGGUGUAGAGAAGCGGUGAAAGGAGUGGGGAGAACUGAGUGAAAUGAAUGCUUUGCAAAUGGUGAAGGGCUGAAAAUUAAUUUUCGGUGAGCACAGUGGUGGCUAUUAGAGUGACUAUUAUCUUUUCAGGGGCAGAGUAUCUGCUUUGUAUGCGGAAGCCCCAGAUUCAAUCCCUGGCAUCUCCUGGUAGGAGCUUAUAGUUCCCCUCCUCCCUCUUUCCUCAUGGCUGAGUGAGGGAUUUGUUUGUUUGUUUGCUUGUUUAUUAUAUUUAUAGAAGUCGUUUUUCUUCCAAGGAGCUCAAGGUGGUGUAUGUGGUUCUCCUCUUCAUUUCAUCCUUACAACAACCCUGUGAGGUAGGAUAGGCUAAGAGAUGGCCCAAGGUCACCCGGUGAAUUUCAGGGCUGAGUGGGGAUUCGAACCCUGGUCUUUCCCAGGUCAUAGUCUGCCACUCUAACUUUUACACCACACUGGAUUUGAACCCUGGUCCUCUCGGGUCUAACACCCCCCCCCCGCUUUAAAUGUAUGGUGUGAAUGUGGCCAAUAGCAAGUUGUAGAAGUGGAGCACACAUUAUUUGUUGUGGUAAUGAUUUACUUAUUCAUUUUGUAUAAUUUAUACACUGCUUGAUUGCAAAAAACAAAAAACCAACCCACGAACAAACCUCUACAAAAAACAAAACAGUAAAAUCAAUAAAAGUCACAGCCGGACUUCAAAAGUUAAAAUACUAAAACAGAUUGAAAUUAGCUUAACUUUAUAAGCAUCUGGGAAGGUUUGUCUAAACAGGAAUGUUUCCAGCAGGCGCCAAAGAGCAAGUACAGCGAAGGUGGUUAGUGUGGUGCUGUGAAUGCCAAGGUUGCAGGUUCAAUCCAGGUCACAUAUUCCUGUGUUGCAGGGGGUUGGACUAGAUGAUCCUUAGGAUCCCUUCUGUUAUCAGAAAAAAAAAAAACCUGCUCCUUUUUCCUUAUGGGGCAUCCAAGAGCCCGUAUAGAGUCCUUAAGUGGGUUCCCUAUUGGUAGGAGAAAACAGAGGCCAACCAGAAUAUAUUGAGAAGCAAAGCAGCUAGUAAGCCUGAUCUUUAUUCAAGGAACUGUUGCAACAGGGUCCCCACUCACCACACGCAGGAGGGAGGAGAGAACCCAGAACAAUGGUGCACAAGCCCUUAUAUAGACCUUUGAAAUUGCCCACCCUGUAGCCCAAGACCACCCCCGCAACAUCAUCCAUACAACACAGAAGGAGGCGGUCUACAGCAGAAAUCCUGUUUGCCAAGAUACCUGAUAAUGGUCUGUGAUAGCAUUACCUGGGCAGUCUGGCCAUUCUUUUGUGAUGGUUAAUAGUUUAGUUCCUGAAUCCAGGUCACCCUAUUCAUACACAAAUACGCCCUUCAGACAGGAUUUGCAAGCAAAAAGACAAUGGGAAGGCUUUCCCCAUUUGCCUCCCUUACUGCAGAGGAAUAUUUGAGGUCACUGGGAGAGUCAAAACAGCUUCAGGAUUGCUCUCCUGUACUAUUUCAGACACGUGGUUUAUAUACUUACGUAUGUGUUUGCCUUGUACAUUUAUGAACGUUUAAUUUAUAUUUGAGACCUUAGAAUUCUGAUAACACUUCCAACUCUACGGUCCUAUGAUUCAAUAGGCGGCCUGGGUAGCAAUGAACUGGUCCCAAUUCUUUCCCCUUCCCACGAUGUCAGCCUCAGCUUCUGACUCACUCUCUCUCCGCCCCCUCGCAGGUGCUCCACUCCACAGCCUCCUACUGCAAGACCAUCUUGGACGACAACAGCUCCUCCGCCCUGAUCAUCCUCGGCUUCGUCAUCAUGUCUCCGCUCAUCGUGGUGGCUAUGGCCAUCUACUGCGGCCUGGUCAGGCGUCUCCGCCUCUUCCUGUGCUUCCAGCCUUGGGCCCGGGCCACGUACAAGGGCGUGAAGUGGCGGUGGUACGAAGACGGGGGGUUGUGCGGCUGCGCCAAGGAGUGGAGCAGCCAAGUCAAGGCCUGGGUUUAA